AUGCAUUAUAUUGUUAAUAUUGUAAAGGCAAAUGACAGAAAAUUUAUUUUGGCUAAUAGAGAACUUUCUGAAGAUGAAUGGAAGGGUAAAACAAAUAUAGAUGUUGAUUUAACUAAAUAUAAAGUUAUAUCUUAUAUCAGAACUUCCAAGCAUUAUCCAAUGGUUAUAAGUGUUAAAGCUGUACCAACAAUAUCUUGUGCUAUUUGUAGUUUAAGAAAGAAAACAAAAUUAAAAACAAAUGUACAGAAAUUACAUAUGAUUCCAGGGUGUAAUCAUUUUGUUCAUAAAAAAUGUGCAAAUAAAAGAAUUCGGAAAAAUGCUUCACUUCAUCACUAUCGAAAGAAACGUCAGGCUUUAGAAUCUGUCAAGGAAGAUGAAGGGGAAGGUAAAGAAAGUCCUUCUUCUUCUGCUCCUCCAACUAAUGCAGAUAAAAUUGAAGAGGAAGGAGAUCCUCUUCCACCUCCACCUCUUCCAUCAACCCCUCCACAUCACCUUCCUUCUUGUUCGUCUUCUUCUUCACUUUCUACAUGUUCUCAUGGAUCUCCAACAACGCAGCUAGAAGUAGCUUCUUCUUCUUCCCAUUUACCUCCUCAAGAAACAAAUACGGAUAAUAUAAAUAUAACAAAAACUAAUUUUGAAGAUAAAUGUCCGGUGAUUGGUUGCAAUAAAGUUGUUUUUAUGAAAAAGACUUCUGCUGGAAAAGAAUCUAUCAUUUUCAACAAAAAUAAUAAAUUAAGAGAGAAAAAAGUUUUUGAAGCACAUUUAGUUAUGCCUAUUUUGCAGAACGGUCAAAGUCCCGAAUAUACUUAUUUAUUUGAACCGAAACGCCCAACAUUUCUUAAAAAAGUAAAAUCUAUAUUUAAAAAUAUUAAUCACAAUCAAGUUGAUGAAAAUGAAAUUGAAGAAGAAAUUGUAAAUAAUGAAGCUGAGGAAUUGCGGUUAGAUGGAAGAAGUUUUAGAGAAGGAUUUGGAAGUAGGAGAAUUGAAGGAGUUCCUGUAGUAGAUGAAAGUACACAAACUGGUUAUUUUAAUAAAUAUUAUUAA